CGGCCGGGGCCCGGGCUUGCUGCCGCUGCUGGCAGCGCUCGCCUGGUUCUCGAGGCCCGCUGCGCAGGAGGAGGAGGAGGAGCAGCCGGGAGCGGGCGGGGCCGCCACCGAGGACGCGGCAGACGAGGCCGAGGCCGAGAUCAUCCAGCUGCUGAAGCGAGCCAAGUUGAGCAUCAUGAAAGAUGAGCCAGAAGAGGCUGAGCUAAUUUUGCAUGACGCUCUUCGCCUUGCCUAUCAGAGCGAUAACAAGAAAGCCAUUACUUACACUUACGAUUUGAUGGCCAACUUAGCAUUUAUACGAGGUCAACUUGAAAAUGCAGAACAGCUUUUUAAAGCAACAAUGAGUUAUCUGCUUGGAGGAGGCAUGAAGCAGGAAGACAAUGCAAUAAUUGAAAUCUCCCUGAAGCUGGCCAGUGUCUAUGCUGCCCAGAAUAGACAGGAAUUUGCCCUUGCUGGCUAUGAGUUCUGCAUUUCCACUCUAGAGGAAAAAAUUGAAAGAGAAGAGGAAUUAUCAGAAGAUAUUAUGUCAGUUGAAGAGAAAGCCAACACACACCUCCUUCUGGGCAUGUGCUUAGAUGCCUGUGCACGCUACCUGCUGUUCUCCAAGCAGUCAUCCCAGGCACAAAGGAUGUAUGAAAGGGCCCUGCAGAUUUCUCAAGAAAUACAAGGAGAAAGACACCCACAGACCAUUGUGCUAAUGAGUGACCUGGCUACUACGUUGGAUGCACAGGGCCACUUUGAUGAAGCCUACAUUUAUAUGCAGAGGGCAUCAGAUCUGGCAAGAGAGAUAAAUCAUCCCGAGCUGCACAUGGUGCUCAGUAAUCUAGCUGCGAUUCUGAUACACAGAGAACGAUAUACACAAGCAAAAGAGAUCUACCAGGAAGCACUGAAGCAAGCAGAGCUGAAAAAAGAUGAGGUUUCUGUACAGCACAUCAGGGAAGAAUUGGCUGAGCUGUCAAGAAAAAGUAGACCUUUGACUUAAUUUUAUCAAGCUCUAAAUUUAUUUUGUUGUAGGGAGUAACCCAAAGGAAUAGCUGUUAAUCCAGUUUCUGGCACCCAAAUCAAUGGUUUAAAUCCUUUGUCAUUGAUAUUCAGGUUUCUUCAACUUAGCCUUGGUAAAGGACAAGUUGUAUACACUGCCACUUUUAUUUUUCAAGGAGAUACACCUCUUCCCCUCUACUGAUUAUGACUUUAAGGACUGAUGCUUCCCAUUUUAAUGUGGUUAGGGACUGUCCAUGCUCGUCUGAGUAUAAUUAUAGAUUGAGAUGGGCCAGUUUUCCCUUGUGGUAUGGGUGUGGUCAUUAUGCCGGGCAUCUCUUCUGUAAGAUUUUGGUCUACUGAUUUGCUGCCCUCUCUUCUUUUAUUUUUGUCAAUAUCUGGCAGACCAGAGCUACAUGUGUCAUGGCACAGGGGAAUUUUGGUGAGUUCUCUCUCUUAUACUCUAUUUCAUGAAACACAGUGUGGGGUUUAAUACAUUAAAGGAGGAAAAGGGAUACCUAAGUUGGCCACCAGCAGCCAGCAUGAACUUCUGAAAUAGAGAAUAGGCACCUGAAAGUUUAGUAUUCAUCUGAUUGUAAAUAAAAGUGAACUGUGUCUGAUGAUAUGUUAACUAUUACAAGUGACAGCAGGGGAAAGAAUGAUGUAAACCUCUUAUUAGUGCUGAGCACUCAACUUCCUUUGCUAUGAAAAUCACACAGCUGAGUUAUCUGAGCCCCUCUUAAUGAGAUGUAAGAUAUACCUGAAUUGUACCCCAGACCUUCUGACCCACAAUAGGGCCCUACAAGUGUAGAUUUAAAAACUAGUAACACUAAUGUGUGCUGCUGGUAGAGUGAACUACUGACCUGGAUCCUAGUUAGUCCUGACUUUGUGACUUUAGUGUCUUCAUCUUCAGGUGGUAAGAUUUGUGGGAGAAGGUGUCUCAGUGGGAUGACUUAAAAUGAGGAGACUGCUGUGUUGAAAGCUGUGUCACACUGCCUCCAAGUAUGUAAAUACAGGACACCUCAGCAGCCUUACCGAUAGCCAUGUGCCUAGAGUUUUUGAAGGGAUUCCCUGAGGGAAUACUGAUGUGACACGCCUGUGGGGGACUGGGUAUGAGUGGGACCAAUAAACUGGUAUUUUUGGUUCAUGUGUAAGUAUUCAAGGAAUCUUCACAUAAUAAACUAGAGACUAUAUAAACUAUAUUGUAUGUAUUUCAGUAAUCUGAGUUUUUCACAGAAAAAUAACCUGAAGAAUAAAGUCCUAGAAAUCCCAAGGUCUUAAACUGUAACUAGAAUUUCGUAUUUUGCAGAUGUGAAUUUUUUUCCCACUUUCUCUCUAAGCUCAUCUAUUAUUUACCACCCAGCUAUUUCCAGUAAGACUGCCUGUGAGAGAGGAGGUUUUCAGUGCAAUCCAGUUUUGAUUUAAAAAAAAAAAUUAAUGCCAAGCACUCACCUUCUGUUUUGAGACUUUUUACCUUUCACAAGUGCAAGGGUUACUGAAAAUUUUUUCACUCUAGGUUUUAUUUAAGAAUUCUUAAUCCUCCAUAGUGAUUCAGCUUAUGGUCCCAUUAGUUUUCAGAAAAGGUAGUCUCUUCAUGUGGGGCAUUCUCAUUAAAGUUCAUUUGCACUGCUUUAAAACAAUGUAGGAAAUAGAAAAACUGAUCUCCUUUACUGAAAAAUUUAAAUGUGAAUUGUUUAAAAUAGUGUAAAGUUUUGAACUGAAUUAUGUCACUGGUGUUUUCAGGGCAUGAGUGUAUUCAGAAUAGUCCCUCAGCAUACCAAAAUUAAAGCAUU